CCUACCGUGAUUGCGAACACUUACUUUUUCAGUUUCCCAAUGGAAUUAAUGCCUUAACAGCUUUUGAAGUGGAAAACCUUUCCGAAAUUACCAGUGAAAAUAGCGUUCCCCCGUGUUUCCCUGUAAACCGUAAAAGUUAUAUUGAUGAAGAGGGUGAUGGCAAAAGAAGUGUGUUCGAAAAAGUAGUUAGUAGUUAGUCCUACCGCGAGGAAAAGAUGGGGAACACGGUUACAAGGGAUGACUUCGAGUGGGUCUAUACGGAGCAACCUCAUUGUAGUCGGAGAAAGCAAAUUCUAGCCAAGCACCCGGAGAUCAAGUCCCUGAUGGGGCCUGACCCCCAACUCAAGUGGGUGGUGACUGCCAUGGUCUUGACCCAGGUGCUCUGCUGCUACCUGGUUCGCGACCUUAGCUGGAAAUGGAUUGUCUUCUGGGCCUACAUGUUCGGUGGCUGCAUCAACCACUCCCUCACACUCGCCAUCCAUGACAUUUCUCACAAUGUGGCCUUUGGCAACAAGCUCGCUAAGCAGAACCGCUACUUUGGCAUCUUUGCCAACCUGCCUAUUGGCGUGCCCUACUCUGUCAGUUUCAAGAAGUACCACGUGGAUCACCACCGGUAUCUGGGUGGCCACGGACUUGAUGUCGAUGUGCCGACCUGUCUGGAAGCACGUCUGUUCAGCUCCCCUGCCCGCAAAGUCCUGUGGCUCAUCCUUCAGCCCCUAUUCUACGCACUGCGCCCCCUGAUGGUUAACCCCAAGCCAGUCGGAAAGCUUGAGAUAUUGAAUUUAACCGUGCAGCUUGCCUUCAACUCUGCCAUAGUUUACCUCUGGGGUCUGAAGCCUCUGGUCUACCUGAUUGCUGGAUCACUGUUGUGUAUGGGACUGCAUCCGAUCUCAGGCCACUUUAUUGCCGAACACUACAUGUACCUGAGUGGGAUUGAGACAUACUCAUACUAUGGGCCACUUAAUUACAUCACGUUUAACGUGGGCUACCACAUGGAGCACCACGACUUCCCCAGCAUCCCCGGCAGCCGACUCCCUCAGGUAAAGAAGAUGGCUCCUGAGUUCUAUGAUGAUCUACCCCAGCAUGACUCAUGGACACGGGUGCUCUGGGACUUUGUGUUUUGUGAUUCAUUGGGACCUUACUCCAGAGUUAAACGCACAUUCCCAUUGGCUAAACAGGAUUAGAGUAAAAGCUCAGUUACAACAAUUACCUUCCACAGGUGUCUCUGAAUAACCAGCUGCCUUAGUUUAUCUAGCUAGUAUUUGCAGUGUGUGUGUGCGUGUGUGUGUGUGUGUGUGUUUGGGAAGGGUUGGGGGUGGGUGGGUGAAGAUACCACCACAGUUUCUGGACAAGGGCACUUCUUUGGGAAGCUACUAUGAGUCAAACUAUGACUGAAUGAGUUCCAGAAUUCUUAAUCUGUGACUCGGAAACUAUUCGCUAGUGUAAUAGCUGCCAGAGAUGUAGUAUUCCAGUUCAAGCGCACACCUAAGACUUUCUUGAAAUAUGCUGCAUGGAGGAGCGGUCCAAGAUCCAAAUUUCAAGGCUCAUCGUUGUUAUCCACUCCAGUGGAGGCUUCGCAAAUAUUGUACUACUCAGUAAUACGUUUUAUGUUUGAGAAAUGAUUGUGUUGAAAUGAAAAUAUAUUUGAGCCCAAAAUAUGAC